AUGGCUUCCUCUGCUAUAAAUUUCCUCUUAUUCGCUCUCUCUGUUUUUGUAGCGGUUGGUGGUGCCCAGAGCCCGAUCACCUUUGUCAGCCCUCCUCCUGCAGGCCCCAACAGUGUCUAUACGGACGACCCGGUUUUUGUCCUGGGAUAUAUUUUGAAAAUAGAAUGGAAAUCACAAACGUCUGAUUUCAUUUCCUUGGUGAUGUACCAGCAGAGACCAAACGACACCUUUGAAUACAUUUUUCGCCUCACGUCCUAUGAAUGGACUAUUGGAACGUCCAAAAAUCUCUCCGAGUCGAACGUCUUUUUCGAAAUUUUUAUCAGCGGACAAACAGAACCCUCAGCCGUGAGCCAUUAUUUUAAUCUCACAAAAGCAGCGGGCCUAGAUUCAGAACCCUCGACUACGACAUCAGGGACUAGCGUCCCAUCUACAACUUCCACUUCCAUAUUGCUGACUAAUACCACUUCUUCUACGGCGACCACUACGAGGGCAACUUCCAGCCCAACAGUCGCAGCCACAUCCUCGGGGUUGAGCACAAGCGCGAAAGCGGGAAUUGGGGUUGGGAUCUCUCUGGCUGUCAUUGCUGGCUGUCUUGCAGGGUUUUUCUUAUUUCGACAUUAUGGACGAAAAGAUGACAACGCCCCUCCUCCAGCGAGUGCAGUCCCUUAUAUGUUUACUCCGCCUGUUCACGAGCCGAAGGGAAUGAGCAUGGGGCCUCAAUGGCCCGUGGCGUCUACACUAUCAUCGUCUGAUGUUCGGAGAGACAAAAAUACAUCUCCUGUCGAAAUGCCUGCCGACCAUCAAAUAUGA